CAUGUGAUUUUGACAAAUGUUAAAACCGGUUGCUAUUUUCAGCAAUUUUUAGAUAAGAUUUUAUUAGUUAAAAAUAUUCUAAAAUGAUGAGAUUUUACAAAAUAUGCCAUUUUAAUCGCCAUUGUUUUCAAAAUUCAGUAUAUUUGCACACAAAAUCAUGCGAAAUUCGUCAAAAUUUUUUGGAAUAUUUUGUUCAACAGGAACAUAAAAUUGUAAGAUCAAGUCCUGUGGUACCAUUUUGUGAUCCCACGGUAGCUUUUGUAAAUGCCGGAAUGAAUCAAUUUAAGUCAAUUUUUUUGGGGAAAAGUACUCCAAGACACGACAAAGUGGUAAACUCUCAAAAAUGUAUUCGUGUUGGUGGUAAACAUAAUGACUUGCAGAUAGUUGGAACUGAUGGAUAUCAUCAUACAUUUUUCGAAAUGCUUGGAAAUUGGUCAUUUGGGGAUUAUUUUAAGAGAGAAGCACAAACAAUGGCUUUAGAUCUGUUACGUAACGUAUACGGUAUAGAAAUGUCUCGUUUAUAUUUUACAUAUUUUGCUGGAAAUGAUAAACUUAACAUUCCAGCUGAUAUGGAAUGCUAUGAAAUAUGGAGGGAUUUGGGAGUACCGAAAAAUCGAGUAAUACCAUUCGGAAUGUCCGAAAAUUUUUGGGAAAUGGGGGCAACCGGGCCCUGUGGCCCUUGCACUGAAAUUCAUAUUGAUCAUUUAUUAAACGUAGGAAAUCGGUCAAAUUUGGUAAAUGCUGGACAGUCCGAUUUGACUGAAUUAUGGAACAUUGUUUUUAUACAAUACAAUAGAGAAGAAGAUGGCACAGUAACUAACCUACCAAAAAAACAUAUUGAUACUGGAAUGGGACUUGAAAGAUUAUGUGCGAUUUUGCAAAAUAAAUCUUCUAAUUAUGAUACUGACUUAUUUAAUCCUAUUUUCAAUACCAUAAACAAGGAAACGGAAGCUCCUGCUUAUACUGGUUCUUUUCAACUUAAUACUCAGGAAGCUAAUUAUGAUACAGCUUAUAGAAUACUAGCAGAUCAUUCUAGAAUGAUAACAGCUUGCUUAUCUGAUGGAAUGUUACCCGAUCAAAACCAAAAACUUCGACGCAUAAUGCGAACAUGCUUUCAAAUUUCAGAACAGGUUUUUAAAAAUGAAGAUUUAUUAAACAAAAUUGUGCCAACUGUAGUCGACAUAUUGGGCACAAGUUACCCCGAAAUGCAUAUUAAACUAAAUGACACUUUGGAAAUAAUUUACCAUGAACAGGAAGUAUUCAAAGCGUUACGUUUGAAUUCUAUAAGAGAACUGCAAGGAAUUUUAAAAGAACAAGAUUUAAGGGAUUUUGAUUUAAUUGAUAAUCCCGGGUUUUUCCAAGCUUAUAAGGAAUUAAAAAGUUUGAAAUCUUCAUUUUCGGAUAACACUAUUCCUGGUUCAUUUUUAUACAAACUGCAUGAUACAUAUGGUUUGAAUGAAGAAUCAAUGCAAAAACUAGCUUUGUUAGAACAGUUAAACACUGAUAUGACUGAUUUCAAGAAUGAACUACAAAAAGUUAAACAAAAAACUAAAUCUUUGUUAUAUUCACAAGGAGACGAAAUGCAUAAAAAAUUCGAAGAAUCAAUGUCCAAACUAAGCCAAACGUGUUCAAAUACUGAUGAUAGUUUUAAGUAUAAUUAUAAAUUUAAUAGUGUUAUUGAAGAAUAUGAAACUGAACCUAUAAAAAGUCAAAUUUUGGGCAUAAUUAAAAAUGGAGAAAUAAUUAAAUCAAAGUGUGCUGCACAUGAUGAAGACGUAAUAUGUAUAAUUACGGAUAAAAGUAAUUUUUAUUAUGAAUCUGGUGGACAAGAAGGGGAUAAAGGAGUUCUCAAAAUAACGAUGAACGGGUCAUGUAUGAAUAAUACUCGUGUAGAAUUUUUGGUUGAUGACGUGAAGUUCAUGAAUAACAACACCAUUCAUAUUGGAAAAUUUCAAAGCCCUAACGUAAUUGUUAGUGUGGGGGAUGAUGUUGAACAUUUGGUUGAUAGAACUCAUAGAACACGAAAUAUAAUGCAUCACACAUCAACUCAUUUGUUGAAUGCAGCUGUGCGACACUUAUUUAAGAAAGUGACAUAUCAAGUCUCCAGUACAGUUAAUAAUCAAAAUUUAAAAUUAGAGCUGGGCGUAAUUGGUAGAAAAAUUGACAGAGAUGACUUACCACGCAUAGAAGAAUUGAUAAGAAAUGUAAUAUCACAUGGCGUGGCUGUUACCACAAUAAAAACAAAAGCAGAAGAUGUUAUAUAUCACUCUGAUAUUACUUUAGUACCUGGGGAAAUAUAUCCUGAAGAUGGUUUACGCUUAUUAGAAAUUAUAGAUAAUAAUUUUGGAUUUUCUUCAAAAGAGCUUUGUUGUGGUACUCAUAUACACAAUACGAAGGACUUGAAAAAUUUUUGUAUCACAAAUUUUAAGCAAACAAAUCGUGCUAGAUAUGCCUUUGCAGCUGUUGCUGGAAAUUUAGCUGAUGAAAUAAUAAAUUUGUCCAAGAUAUAUGAAAAAAGGGUAAAUAAGCUUCAAACAGAAUUGGAAGCCGAACAAGACAAACAUAUUUUGGUAGAAUUAGAAUUACAGAGACUUAAAAAUCAGUUACUCCAUUCAAAUACAACACUUCCAUACUUAUUUAAAAUAGAUUUGUCUGAAAAAAUAAAUAAUAUAUUAAAGAAAAUAAAAGACUCAGCUAGAAUAACAUUAAAAGAAUUUGUUGAUAUUGAAAUGCAGACCGUAUUAAAGCAACAAAGGAAUGAACCAUUCGUUAUACAUUUUUUAGAUAGUUCAACAUUGUUAGAAUCAGUUCCUUUGCAAAAAGCAACAAAAUUAUGUACAGAUCGGCCAAUUAUGGUAAUAUCAUUAAACAAUAGUAUGGUUCGAGCUAGAUGUUGUGUACCUAGGAAUUUAAUAAACUCUGAAUUUAAUGCUAAAUUGUGGUUGAAUGAAUUCGCUUGCAUUUUUAAUGCUCAAAUUGGUCCACCUAAAGGACGAAAUUCUAGUGAAGUUUGCAAUAUGAAAGCUAAACGUGUUAUAUCACCGAUGUUCGAAGAUCAAUUAGAAAUUGCAAUAGAUAAAGCUAGUAAAUACGCUAAAAGUAAAAUGUGAUGAAUUUUUCUAUUUAGGCAUGUUUUAUAAAUUAUAGAUCAAUUAUUAUUGUUAAUUUUUUGUAUAAAAAUCUUUGAA